CCUCCCCGCUCCCUCACAGCGUGCGGCUGAGUGUCGAUGUGUACCAAGUCUCCCCUCGUGGUCUUCAUACCUCUCUCUUUCUCUCCAGCCAUGUGAGGCACAGGGACCUGCUCCGCUCGUUUUGGUCUUCACACUCUGGAGGUGAUGAUGAGAAAGUGAUUCUUGGGGACCUAAAUCAGGACUGAAUGUGGUUGCAACUAUGGUAACGACAGGGUGGGGGUUAUGGGCCCUUUCCCCUUUUGGACUCAUGCUGGUCAUCGGUUGGUCUGUGUGUCUGUCGCAGCAGCAGAACGUCAGCCUCACAGACUGCAGCAGAAAAGAGCAUCCAAUUGUCUCCAAUAAAGCUCUGAAGAUGUGGGUGUUUGAGUUUUCCUAUCCGGGAGUGAAGGAUUUCUCCCAGCUAGCCAUGGACGUCAGCAGAAACCAACUAAUUUUAGGAGCAAGAAACGUCCUCUUCCAACUGAGUUUAAGCAACAUCUCCCUCAUCCAGGCAACUGAAUGGGCUCCCGACGAAGACACAAAGCGUUCAUGUCAAAGCAAGGGAAAAUCUGAGGACGAAUGUCAAAACUACAUACGGGUUUUGCUGAUUAGUGGAAGAACGCUCUUCACAUGUGGGACCAACGCUUUUACACCUGUCUGCGUAUCUAGACAGAUUUCCAACAUCAGUCAGAUUUUGGACACAGUGAAUGGCGUUGCACGCUGUCCCUAUGACCCCCACCACAACUCCACCGCAAUGGUGACACAGAGGGGUGAACUGUAUGCCGCCACAGUGAUCGACUUCUCUGGACGUGACCCGGUUAUCUACAGGAGCCUGGGGAACAUGCCGCCUCUUCGGACCGCACAGUACAACUCCAAAUGGCUCAAUGAGCCUCAUUUUGUGUCCGCCUAUGAAAUCGGCCGAUUUGCCUACUUUUUCCUGAGAGAAACUGCUGUGGAAAACGACUGUGGGAAGAUGGUGAUCUCUCGGGUGGCGCGGGUCUGCAAGAACGACAUGGGGGGACGUUUUCUGCUGGAAGACACCUGGACCACCUUCAUGAAGGCCCGUCUUAACUGCUCACGAUCUGGCGAAAUCCCCUUUUACUUCCACGAGUUGCAGAGCACCUUCCACUUGCCAGAGCAAGACCUCAUUUAUGGCAUCUUUACCACAAAUGUGAACAGUAUGUCAGCUUCUGCUGUUUGUGCCUUCAAUCUGAGCUCCAUCACUUUGGCUUUCAAUGGACCCUUUCGGUACCAAGAGAACCCUCGCACUGCCUGGCUCUCUGCUCCAAAUCCUAUUCCAAAUUUCCAGUGUGGCACACUAGAGGAGGAUGGUCCAGGGGGAAACCUGACGGAGCGCAGCCUUCAGGACGCGCAGCGGCUGUUCCUCAUGAACGAUGUUGUCCAACCCAUUUCCGUCAACCCUUUGCUUACACAGGACAACAUGCGCUUCUCCAAGCUGGUGGUGGACAUUGUGCAGGGCCAAGAUGCUCUCUACCAUGUCAUGUACAUUGGCACAGAUUAUGGCAGCAUCCUGAAGGUUCUGGCUACGACCAACAAAAGUCUUCAUGGCUGCUACCUUGAAGAGCUCCGGAUCCUCCCUGAUGGGCAAAGGGGAACAAUCAAGAGUUUAAAAAUCCUUCAGAAGGACAGGUCGCUGUUCGUGGGGCUGGAUGACCGACUGGUGAAGAUCCCAUUGGAACGCUGCUCCAGUUAUCCAGCUGAACGGGACUGUUUGGAGGCUCGGGACCCUUACUGUGGAUGGGAUCUACAGAAGAAGCGCUGCACUACCAUUGAAGGGAGCUCCAAUAUGAACCACUGGACCCAAAACAUCACUGAAUGCCCAGUCAGGAACCUGACGCAGGAUGGUGGUUUUGGUCCCUGGGCAGCGUGGCAGCGUUGUAACCAUGAUGAUGGCGAGGGCACUUUUAGCAGCUGCAAGUGUCGGUCCCGCUUGUGUGAUGGACCGGUGGCCAGAUGUGGGGGGGUUGAAUGUAAAGGUCCAACAAUCCAAGUGGCAAACUGCUCCAGGAAUGGUGGUUGGACUCCCUGGUCCUCCUGGGGUCAGUGCAGCAGCAGCUGUGGCAUUGGAUUUGAGGUAAGGCAGCGGACCUGCAACAACCCUUCACCCCGCCAUGGAGGUCGAAUCUGUGUUGGCCAGGGUCGGGAGGAAAGGCUGUGCAACGAGAAAAAGCCAUGCCCCCUGCCUGUGUUGUGGACAGCUUGGGGGCCCUGGGCUCACUGCAGCGCUGAAUGUGGUGGAGGAGUCCAGUCUAGGACUAGGAUAUGUGAGAACGAGAAUAACUGCCCUGGAUGUGCAAUGGAGUACAGAGUCUGCAACCUGGAGAGUUGCCCAGAGGUUCGCCGCAACACUCCUUGGACCCCCUGGAUGCCAGUCAACAUCAGUCAUGAAGGAUCACGGCAGGAGCAGAGAUUCAGAUACACAUGUAGAGCACCACUCCAUGACCUCCAGCAGCUCCAGCUAGGAAAGAAGAAACUGGAGACCCGUUUCUGCCCCAACGAUGGCUCUGGAGCUUGUCAAACCGAUUCACUAGUUGAAGAAUUGGUCAGGACCAGUGGCAGAACUAUGUCUCAGCCUCAAGGUGCCCGAUGGGGACCCUGGGAGACGUGGUCCAGCUGCUCCCAAAAGUGUUCCAGAGGUUUCCGAACCAGAAAACGUAGCUGCUCCACGUCAGAAGGCAGGACCAACUUGGCGGCUUGUUCUGGAUCCCCAGUGGAGUAUCAGGACUGUAACGUCCAACCCUGCCCAGUGAGUGGAGCCUGGUCAUGCUGGUCUGCCUGGUCCCAGUGCUCAACAAGCUGUGGAGGGGGCCACUAUCAACGGACACGGACAUGCAGCAGCCCGGCCCCUGCCAAUGGGGGGGACAUCUGCAUCGGCCUGCAUACAGAAGAGGCCCUCUGUAAUAUACACCCCUGUGAAGGGUGGGGUGAAUGGACUGACUGGGGUGAGUGUGACGACGAAGGUCUGCAGCAUCGCAGCCGUCGCUGUGGUGAGGAACAGGAAGCUGAGGCCAACACCUGUCAGGGAAACCUUACUCAGUCCAGACCAUGCCGGCCACAUGAGGUGCCAGUGAUUUUACCAGAACAGGAGAACCAGAGCUGUGGAGCCUUUACCUUGUUCCAGUUGGUGGCGGUGGGCUUAGCCAGCUUCUUUGCUGCAGCUCUCCUCUCAGGCCUGGCAUACUCCUACUGCCACCACCUGAACCGACCAUCGGCCGAGUCAGCCGUCAUCCAUCCCAGCACACCCAACCACCUGACGUACAACAAGCAGGGCAACAUUGCGCCAAAGAAUGAGAAGUACAUCCCAAUGGAGUUUAAGAUGCUAAACAAGAACAAUCUUCAUGUGAACGAUGAGACGUGCAACCACUUCUCCUCCCCGAUGGCCUCCAGCAACAUGUUUACCACCACCUACUACCCUCCCUGUGUGAGCAAGUACGACUUCCGUCCGGACUCCCCCUGCAGGUCCUACAUGCACAGCUGAGAGGGGCUCACUCUGGGGUCAACAAACACAAACAUUCCCUUUUUUUCUUUUCUGCGCCUCCGUGAACAGUUUCCUUCUUGACAUUAGAGGAGGAACAACCUGGAGGUUCAACAUCAGAAUGUUAUUAUAUAAACUUUUGUUUGGGUUUUAUUGAGUAGAUACAUUUUUGAUAAAGGUCCAGUUUUACCCUAAACCAGAAAUGUCCUAUUUAAGGAAAAAAUCCAAAUCUCACAGUGACACUUGUGCAUUGAUGCAGUAAUGCAUGCAUAAGGGGCCCUGACCAAGUACUGAAUGCAUAUAUUGGACAGUACAGGGGCAUUUUUCUUAGCAGGCUAACAUUUCUGCAUGAAAUGAGCUAUAACUGUAGCUUCUAUGUAAUGCUCCGCCUUCCUUAAGAAACUAAAUGUUGGCUUUUCACUAGCGGUAAGCCGCAAUCAUGAAAAUUAUCUGAAAUUAACUCAAAAAAACAUUGAUUUCCGCUUUUUGGAUGGAAAUACUGUAUCAAACGAAUUUUCUGAUGAUAUUCAAAUCUACUUAAAAUGUUCCCAUUGUCAUUUUUUAUUUGUUCAUUUCCUGGUCUCACAAAGUCAAUUAUAAACAAAGGGCUGGGUUUGGUCAGACUGACGAAGACAUCACUCAUAGAAGCUCACUGAAAUCAAAAUGAAAUCGUAGAAGACUCAAAAAGGCAGAUAUGAUUUCUUAAAUACUCUCUGAAAGGUAAAACCAACACCUGCAGCAGCUGAGGUGAAAGCGACAGAGAGGUUUUAACCAACAGGGCUGGACAUCACCGGAGGAUGAUUGACCGCAAUCUAACAACAACCAUCCACCUGUCAUGAGGACAUUUUUUACAUUUUUGAGACCCUCAUGAACUACGGACUGAUUUAACCUCAGCUGGGAUGCAUUGAAUAACACAUGGAGACACUAAAUGGAUUUAUUCCUUUAAGUGCAAAACUACGGCUGACUUGCUUUAAUUUUUUACUUUGAUCCAACAAUGAAAAGUCAACUAAAUAGAAAAUGUUGUGAUCUACUCGACGUUGCUCACGUUGCAGAAUAUAUAAAUGAUCUUACAUGCGUUCCGUAGAAAAACUAAAACAAGGAAAGUAUUUGGUAUGUUUCCCUUGAGAUGUUUCUUCUUGACAUGCUUCUUUUAGCAAUCAGCAAGUUUCUGGGACAUUUCUGGAUGAAUAUUUGAUGACGUACUCGCUUUUAGACAUUGAUCAUAAAUUUUCAAUGGGGUUGAGGUUGGGGCCAUUUCAGAAAUGUUAUGUGAGCACAGUUUGACCAUUUUAGUCCAUUUACCAGAGUCGAUUCGUUACCAAACUAUCAGAUGACAUUUCUACAAAAUCAGUAAAUCAAUGGUGUAAUAAUACUACACACAGCAUCAACAACCAAAGUAGUCGGUUUUGCUAAUUUUCAAGAGAUGCUUUGAUAUUUUUAAGCACUUUAAAUACUGUAAAUGUUUAUUGUCAAGUUUAAUUUAAAGACCCCAUACUGGUUUAUUAAGUGGGGUCAUGACCCCUAAUUUUUUGCAAUCAAUAUUCUAGAGGUUUUGGGACAACAU